AAAUCCCUGCUCUUCAGCGUCCAUUUUCAAUCCCAGCUUUUCAAUUUCAACUUGUUAAGAUUCUUACUAAAAGAUUCAAAUUUGCCCGCGUUGAGUAUUUUACGACACACGAUCUUGUAUAGACGAUCCAUCUUCAAAGCUUAUUUCAACACUUUUUCGCUUCAAGUACCUCCGUUUUGAAGCCGGUUCAUGUUCUUAUUGGUCGACACCACUCGACUGAGGCAAAGAUCCAAACUUUCGCCCAUUUAUGAUUAACGCAAGACAAUUGAUCGCCGUCUUCAGCUCGGACCAUUCGCUUGCUUCUCUGCUUCAAUCUUGUAAGACCCUUUCUGAGAUCUCUCAAAUCCAUGGCUGUAUGGUCAAAACCGGCCUCGACAGAGACCGUUUCAGCUUGAGCAAGCUUCUCGCGUCUUCCAUCGGACACACACAAUAUGCCGCGUCCAUUUUCAACUCGUCACAAUCCCCGAAUCUCUUCAUGUUCAAUACCAUCAUCAGAGGGUACUCAGUUGGCGACGACCCACAACGUGCUUUGACCAUAUUCAAUGGCUUGCGGACGCAGGGGAUUUUACUCGAUCAGUUCUCUUUCAUAAUGACCCUUAAAGCUUGUGCGCGAGUGCAGGCUCUUGCGUUUGGCCGAGGGGUUCACGGCAUUGUCCUUAGAUCUGGUCACGGAUCUUUUGUUGAGGUGAAGAACAGCCUCUUGCAUUUUUAUGGCGUUUGCAGCAGAAUCAGCCAUGCGCGCCAGUUGUUCGAUGAAUUCCCUCAAGGAAAUGACUUGAUUUCCUGGAACUCGUUAAUGGUUGGCUAUGUUACAGCAUCUAAGUCAAGUUUGGCGAUUGAAUUGUUCCGGCGAAUGAUUUGGAGUGGUUUGAGAGGAAGUGCCACCACAAUGCUGAACAUUUUGAAUGCCGGUGGUGAUGUUGGGAGUCUCCUAGGAGUCAAGACGAUCCAUGGGCAUUGUAUUAAAACUGGCUUCUCCUUGAAACUGAAUGUCGCCACUGCUUUGAUCGAUACGUAUGCAAAAGUCGGGAAUAUCCAUGCAGGGAGUAAAAUCUUCAAUGAAAUGGAUCAAAAGGACACUGCCAUGUGGAACUGUUUGAUACAGCAGUUUGCUAGGUAUGGUCUAGUAGAAGAAUCAGUAGAGCUGCUAAAUUUAAUGAAGCUAAAAAAGGUGGUACCGAAUUCAUCUACGUUGGCGGGAUUGUCUUCUGCUUGCGAUGCCUCAACUGCUGCAAGCAUUGGGAAGUACAUUCAUGAAUCUGUUGAUGAGGAAGAAAUAUGCACAGAUACAGUCAUAGGAACAGCUUUGGUGGACAUGUAUGCUAAAUGUGGCCUUUUGGAGAAAGCUGCUGGCAUUUUCAAUUGGAUGAGAGACAAGGAUGUGAAAUCUUGGACUGCUAUAAUUUCCGCUCUAGGGAAUCAUGGGCAGGCAAGUGAAUCCCUAAGGCUGUUCUGUCAGAUGGAGAAGGAGGGACAUAAGCCAAAUGAAGUCACUUUCUUGGCAGUAUUAAGUGCUUGCAGCCAUGGAGGGCUCGUGAUGGAGGCUAUGAACUGCUUCCACAAAAUGGUGUGGGAGUAUGGUUUCUCGCCGAAGAUCGAACAUUACGGCUGUAUGGUUGAUGUCCUGGGACGAGCAGGAAUGCUCGAUGAAGCAUAUGAUCUCAUUAAGAACUUGCCAGUUAAGGUGGAUGCCACCACAUGGCGUGCUCUAUUGGGUGCUUGCAGAGUGUAUGGGAAUGUAGAGUUAGGGGAAGAUGUGAAACGAAUGCUCAGGGAGACAUAUAGACUGCACCCUGCAGAUGCAAUCCUUCUGUCAAGUACUUAUGCUGCUGCAGGAAGGUUACCGAAGAUUGCCAUCACAGAGGAGUUGAAAGGACAGGAGGAAACGGUGAAGGAAGCAGGACGUAGCACUAUUGAGGUGUGACUGCUUGGAGAAAUCUGACCGUGCAACAAGAGCUUCUCUUCCAGCCUGAUUGGCCGGGAAAGUUUCUUCAGAGCCCGAGGAGAAUGGGUUCAACUUUUGCCGAAACAGGGUGAUUGCCUGAAUGAAUUAACAUUGGUAGAAGAAAUUCCCACCAAAUUCCGGCACUGGAAGCACGGGAUAGUUUUGCAUCUUCUGCAAUCUUCAACACCUGAUGAACCUCUAGAUCAACAAUUAUUUCACAUUUUCGACUUUGAAAUUCCUUAA